UGAAACAUUUUCAUUUCUCUAAACUCUCACCCCAUCCUCCCAAUAUGGUAUGAGAAAUUCCAUUUCACUUUCCUCAUACAUUACUUUACCACUUAUUUCAAUUAUUUUUCUAGUCACACACAGUCUUAAUCUCACUCACACAAACCCUUCAAAACUUCAACCUUACUUGUUCUUUUUCCACUAAUCACUCAACAAUUUCAUUGCAUUGCUUUUCAUGUUCUAAACUAAAACCCCAAAAUUCCAUUUUUCUCAUUUUCAUUUCAUCAAACACUUGCUACCCAUUUUCUAUAUUCAUCCAAAUUUCGUUCUUUUUUGUCUCUUCUUUCUCAUUGGAGUGCCUUGGAUUGACGCACAUCAUCAGAUCCGUUUACGUUUACGUGAAUUUUUCUUGUGGAAGAAAUAACUCAAACAAAGGCUUGUUUUGUUUGUAUUGAUUAUUAGUAUGAAUGAAAUUAAGCUGUGAUUUUGAAGAACUGCAGAGUUUUUAAUCUGAAUUCUGUGAAUUUUCAGAAACAAGAAUUGGGUAGUGUUUAUAGUUGGAUUGGAGAUUGAGAAAAUGAUUGUGAGGAAAAGCCUAGGGAGGGUAAAGUCAGUACUUAUCCUGCUUAUGGUGUUGGGAUUUUUCUUUGCGACUUAUAAUUUGGUUUCGAUGAUAGUAGGACAUAAAGUAGGAAGUGAUUUGGGAUCUAUUGUUGAUGGCAAAGUGGAGUUUACGAAUACGAAAUCUAAAUUCCAUGUUGCUGUUACUGCAACCGAUGCUGCUUACAGUCAAUGGCAAUGUAGGAUUAUGUAUUAUUGGUAUAAGAAGGCGAAGGAUAUGCCUGGAUCAGCUAUGGGAAAGUUCACCCGGAUUCUGCAUUCAGGAAAGGAAGAUCAGUUGAUGAAUGAGAUUCCUACUUUUGUUGUUGAUCCUCUUCCGGAUGGUUUGGAUAGGGGUUAUAUAGUCCUAAAUAGACCAUGGGCCUUUGUUCAAUGGCUGGAGAAAGCGGUUAUCGAUGAAGAAUAUAUUCUGAUGGCAGAACCUGAUCACAUAUUUGUUAAUCCUUUGCCUAAUUUGGCUUCAGAAAACGAACCGGCAGGAUAUCCAUUUUUCUAUAUAAAACCAGCCGAAAAUGAGAAAAUUAUGAGAAAAUUCUAUCCUAAGGAAAAAGGUCCUGUUACUGAUGUUGAUCCCAUUGGCAAUUCCCCCGUUAUAAUCCACAAGUAUUUGUUGGAGGAAAUAGCUCCCACCUGGGUGAACGUUUCGUUGAGAAUGAAAGAUGAUCCAGAGACUGAUAAAGUUUUCGGAUGGGUGCUUGAAAUGUAUGCUUAUGCUGUAGCGUCUGCGUUGCAUGGUAUAAAGCAUACUCUGCGGAAAGACUUUAUGCUGCAGCCGCCAUGGGACUUAGAGGUAGGGAAGACGUUUAUCAUACAUUAUACAUAUGGAUGUGACUACAAUUUGAAGGGGAAACUGACAUAUGGGAAGAUUGGAGAAUGGCGUUUUGACAAGAGAUCAUAUCUGAUGUCUCCUCCUCCUAAAAACAUUUCCUUACCACCUCCCGGAGUUCCCGAAAGUGUCGUGAGGCUAGUAAAGAUGGUCAAUGAGGCUACUGCAAACAUACCUAAUUGGGAUUCAUUAAAUAGAAGCUAAGAGAAAGCUAACAAAUCAUAAACACUUAUUAGGUUUCAAAAUAGAUUAGUUUAUGCAAAAUACAAAGGCGAUUUUGUGCUUGCUUUGAAGAUAGAUCUUUUUAAUAGCCAUAUUAUUAUUUUGCAUUCAAACUUGUACAAGACAUUUAUUUACGGUCUAUUCAAAUAUAUCUUAGAUUUCUUUCA